GGAGAGAGGGGCUGUGCCCCCACCGCGUCCCUACCCGGGAGUCUCGCCGUUACGGCGGGGCAGUGACCGGGCGCGCCGCCCCCACCGGCGCGACUAUGCCCGCCGUGACGGGCCGGGCCGGGCCGCAGCGCCCCUGCGUGUGGCCGCCCCGCCGGCUGGCGCUCGGGCCGGGUCCGCAGGCGGCGGUUCGCGGCGGGCGACCCCCGGGGGAAAGGAGGGAAGCCCCCCGCAGCCCGGCGCACGGCGGGUACUGGCGGCCCCGCACCUGUUGCGAGCGAGGGAGGCCAGUGCCGGGCCCCGCUACGCUCCCGCUCCUCACGGCCGCCCGCGGCCAUCCGGGCGCGCAGGAGCCGGGCCGCACCGCACCGCUCCCCGCACCAACCCCGACCCCAACCGCCGGCAGCACCUCACCUGCGGGGCGCCGGUACCCGCCGCUCCUGCCCGAGGCCUCCGCCAUGUCUCCUCCUCGCCGAACGCGGCUGCUCCGCCCCGCGGAUCCGCGGCCCCGGGCAGGUAAUACCAGUCAUCAGAACUACAGUUGAAGGAGGAUGAAUUAAUCAGGCAACUCAUGGUAAACAGCUGUGGCAUGCACACAGCUUCCUGAGAUAUGGAAAUUCUACACUCUUUGCAAGAUCACUUACAGAACUUCACCACUGCAUUGAAAGUGCAUCUCAUCAUCACUACGCACUUCCAACAGCAGCAAAACAUUUCUACAGGAGCUCAUCUACAGACUUACCCCUGAAAGGCAAGUUGGAAAAAUGCAGUUGCAGCGUGGAGAUACUAGCAAUAUGUUCAAAAGACUCUAAGUCUAGUUUAUAGAGGAGACAGAAGGAUGAAAAAGACUUUACAAUAAGUCAAGAAUUACAGGAAUUCAUGGAGAAGAAUGCCAGCUGUAAAGGAUAUGUUACUACACAUUCAGUGCUUUCUCCCAUACCUUCCCUGAAACUAUUACUGACUAAUCUUGACUCUGCACUUUCCUCAAAUCCAACAAAAUCAGAAGCAAAAUGGACACCUUAAUUUUUCCUUCUUAAGCAAGAAAUUUUUUUACAAUGAGGGUGGUGAGACAUUGGAGCAAGGCGCCCAGGGAAGUUGUGAAUGCCCCAUCACUGGAAGUGUUCAAAGUCAGGUUGAGCAACCUGAUCUAGUGAAAGAUGUCCCUGCCCAUGGCAGGGGGCUUGAACUAGAUGGUCUUUAAAAGGUCCCUUCCAACCCAAAUCACUCUGACUCUAUGAUUCUAUAAAUACAGACAUUCAGGAAAACUCAAAGAAAGCAUCAGAAGGGAAACAUUCUUCUCCCAGCCCAUUCCAAACUCAAGAGCAUCUUCCCCACUCAGAAUGGACUUGUCCAUAUUCCCUACAGCUCUACAAGGGUUUUUGUUUGUGUGUUUUAAAGAAUGCUAGCUGGAACUGGAUUCCCCCUUCAGGCAUUCCUGUUUCACACAAACGAUGCCAUUGGAAAGAAAUGCUGUCGGUUUUUUCACUAAGACCUUGAAACUGGAACCAGGUCUUCAUGACAGUGCUCACCCACAGUCAGGCAGGAUCAGGGGUGGUGGCGGAGACCAACUUAAAUAUUCACAUGCUCACUAUCAAAGUGUCCAUAUACAACCAUCAGA